AUGGCUCAGAAACAUAACCAAAGUUGGAGCGCAGCAUGGGACCUUCAGUCACUUCAGGCUUGCUUUACGGCACGGAUUCCUCAAGAUGAGAAAUUUAAGAAGCUCCUUGAAAGUUGCGCACCUUCUCUCUGGACUCUAACCACUUACUUCGCCCAAUGGCCCUUUAAUGACGCCUUCUCGAAAACACCUGAACCAACAACCCUGACGUACCAAUCCUUUGUCCGCGCCAUAGCCUUCCUCUGCGGUAGGCAAACAAGCAUGAUUUGGCCUACUCAGCUAGUAGAGAACGAGCCCGAGCCGACCAAUUUAGUGGCACUAGAGCACAUCUUCCGAGCGUUGGCUGUAACUACGGAGAUGACGAAACAGGCUUCUGAUUCGAGUUGUGAAGAUGAUUCUGUAUUGUCGCCCCAACAGCGCGAGAUAUUCGACGUUCUAUACACAGUGCAACCGACUGUGUCGUGGUUCACUGAAAGACUGGAACCUGAAGAGCUUAUUCCAACAGCCCGUUGGCUGUCACCCUCCCACCGUCCGGAACUGUCAACCUUGUCCAUCUCUACUACGACCCUCAUUCCGCUCUUUGACUUUAUUACACCGCUUUUAGAGCAUACUCAAUCACGUUGUGGUGAGGUUUUGACUAAGAGGUUCAAGGUCGUGAGAUCCAAGGUACAGAAUCUUGAGGAGGUGUCGUUUAGCGACUUCAUUGAGUGGUCAGGUGACGAUAGCAGAUAUAAUUUUUAUGAUUCCGUUGCCAUUCUUUUUGGCACUGUUCUCUAUCCGGAAAGCUUUGGGAGAUAA